AUGUCACCCGAAGACCCAUUCGCAGGAAUCAACCCUGCGCGCCUGGCGCUCAUGCAAUCGGGGCCUUCUCGUGCGGCCGACCACGCACCGGCAGCAGGCCGACGAGGCGGUAGAGGCGGCGGCGGGGGCGGCAGAGGCGGUGGAAGAGGCUUCACGACCCGCGGAAAGGGCAGGAAGGGGUAUGGGCGGAAUGCAAAGUCGGGCGAUAAUGCUAACGACAUUGCGAUUGCGUCGCCGCGGCUCGCGCUGUCUGUUGAGCCUGAAGCUGCUGCGGAGGUGGAGACGUCGGCGCUGCAGAGGAGGGCUGCGCUGAAGAACGGUAACGGUGGGCCACCGGCGAGGAAGGAGAGUGCGCCCAAUGGCACCGCUGCGGGGGAGAAGAAGGAGGCGGAGACGGAGGGACGGGAGAAGAAGAGGAAGAGGGAGAGGGAGGAGGAAGUCGAGCCGGUGAAGGAGAAGAAGAAGUCGAAGAAGUCGAAGAAAUUAAAGACGGAAGAGACACCAGCUACGAAUGGCACCUCGACCAACGGCACCUCGGAGAAGAAAGAGAAGAAAGACAAGAAAUCCAAGAAGGACAAGAAAGAUAAAUCCCCAGCCUCCACCGACUCCACCGACUCCACCGACAGCCCAGAGCCAAAGCUCUCAAAGGAGGAGCGGAAGGCCGCUAAGAAGGCCAAGAAGUCAGAGGAGGAUUCUCCAGAGAAGUCGAAAUCGAAGCGGAAGACCGAGAAAGAGGACUCGAACGGCGGCGAAAAGCGCAGGAAGGUAGAGAAGGAGGCGGCGACCCCGGUAAAGGAAGAUAAGGAGGAGAAGAAGGACAAGAAGGACAAGAAGGAGAAAAAAGACAAGAAUGAGAAGAAGGAUAAGAAGGAGAAGGAAGAAAAGGUAGAGAAGGAAGAAAAGAAAGACAAGAAAGAAAAGUCCGCCGACAAGUCCGAAAAGAAAGAUAAAAAGGACAAAAAGGAAAAGAAGGAAAAAUCCGACAAGAAGCAGAAGCCCACCACCUCCUCAACCCCCGAACCCAUCACCACCACCGCCGCAAGCACCGUCUGGGACGCCUCCGAGCUCAGUGGUGACGCCGCCCGAAAGUCCAAGUUCCUCCGCCUGCUCGGCGCCAGCCCCGCCGCCGCCGCCACCGCCGCAAUCGCGAGUAGUACAGCCAAGGACUCUGUAUCAAAGAGGGAGAAGGAGCUCGAGAAGCAGUUUGAGACGGGGAUGAAGAUGAAGAACGAGCAGGGCGCGAAGAAGAGGGGGCUGGGAGCUUUGUAG